AUGUAUAUAAAAUCCCUAGCACAUGUCAACGUCAACCCGUUUGUUCCCUCCAGAGCUGUACAGCUCGGUACCUGGGAGCUCCCGGGAGCUUUUGCUCCCCACAUUAUAAUGUGGAGAACGCUCUAUCGUGUUCCAAAUCCUUCCAUCAUCGUUCUACUGCUAUUUUCUAGCCUACUUCAUUCCACAUCGGCUUCCACGAAUUUCGCUCAAUGCUUGCAGGAUAUUCAACAAGGAAAGUUUGGGCCUAACGCCGGCGUUGACAAUUAUGGCCGCUCAGUUUCAGAUAUUUCCCUGGCGACUGCUAUUCCCUAUGAGAUGUGUGUAACCGCGUGUGGAGGGGGGUCCGAAGCAUUCACUUGGUCAGAUUUCUCAAAUCAAUUCAGCGCAUGGUUACUUCCCUGGCUUGCUCUACUCUCACAACUUCCUUUUGGGGCGAACGACAAGCUGGAGAACUUCCUUGUCGUCGUCCUUACAAUUGGUUCACCAGUCCUCGCAGCAUACUCUGCGGCGCUGACGGUCCUGAAUGGUCGAUGGAUUGUUCGUCGCUUCUCAGGCUCUACGUAUCCCAACACAUAUCGUGCAAUUCGCACAUUAAGCAGCUUGCAACAAGCACCCAUCCAACUUGACUUUGAUCGGGAGGUGCUUCUACCUUCGUUGAUCGUCCUUCCUGAAAACGAUUAUUGGUGGAAAGACCUACUCGAGCACUUGAAUUAUACCCAUACCUGGUCAAUAUCCGCUGCCACGUCUAUCGCUUGGGUUUUCAUUGCCUAUCUGUUCACAGUGAUCCAAUCACUUUCUGAUGUCCUACAAGGAGUAGAAGUCAAUGGACAGGCAGUGGGCUCGGUUUGGCUUUGGCUCCUCCCUGUCGUUAUCGCAUGGUUGCAAAUAUCGCCAAAGUGCGAUAGUAUUCGGGUAGCAGAUGCUCUUCGACGAGCAAACAAUAUCGCAUACGUUGCAACACAUACUGGAAUCCGAAGGAGGGCUAGUCAACUAGGUAAUCAUCAUGCAAUUUCUCUUCGAGAGGAUUAUGAUCCUUUGUACAAUGACGAACGGUGCACAUCUCCCAUAUACAACUAUGCCCGAAUAUUCUCCUGGACCGCCGUUGUGGAAGAGAUUUCAGGAUACUUUUACGAAGCGACCAGGCGUUCUCACCUCUUACAGCCUGUUGCUUCGGAAAUGGAAUGGUUGCCCAGCGACCGCAAUGGUGUAAUGCGAGACGAAAACCGUAUCGGUAAUGCAACCGAAGUCAUUUCCUACUGCCUACCAUUCUUUCCCCGACGGUAUCAGUGGGGGUCCGGAGUAUGGGGUAGAAUUAUCGUUGCCUCUAUCCUAGCUCUUAUUCUGCAGUGGGGUACUACUGGGGCUGCAAUUUUUGUUGUAUGGGAAACACCCACUCGUGGCCUUGGAUGCCGGUCUGGGAGUUAUCUCAUCUAUGCUUUCCUCUCCACCGUCGUCUGGGCUUUACUUCUUCUUUCAAGUGUCCUCGCGCGUUACUCCACAUUUGACUAUGAAUCCCGCGACCCUCGAGAAAUAGAAAAGCAUCAUGUCCGUGCCAACCUCGCUGGCACGAUGUCCAUAUUCACACGUCGAGUCGGGAAAACUGUUGCAGCAGUGAAUGCUACCUGGAUUCUGGCGACUUGUAUCUUCCAAUUUAGCGCCUUUUUUGACCGAUGCUACUGCGACAGUAGUGCGCUAGGUCUUGGAGCUGCAAAGGCAUUCAACGUCAUACAGUUUACUCCAGAGGACCUCGAAUCAAUGCGGGGAUCAUGGAUCGGAGGAGUGUUCCUUGCGGUCGGUUGUGCAGCUAUCUAUGUUGGUUUUAUAAACAUCUGUAUUAAUCCCCAUAUACCCCCUAGUAUCAAGCGUGAAUAA